AUGGCCGAACGGACGCUCGUUACUGGAGCUUCCAUGGAUGAUGCCCGGCCAGGAUACGACUCCGGCUUGGCUGCCAAUACGGCCUCCCAUAGGAUUCUUCGUACCUUGCAUUACGCCUAUCCGAUCGUCCUCCUUCUCUUUUUCCUUUGUGCCUUCACUCUGCGGAGUAUACGAGCCUCCUCUAAACGUAAUAGUAAUGGGAGCGGCGCUUCCGACCAGCAGCUGGGACCUGGUGGGAAGCCCCUCCCAAACCUCGACCCUACACGCAAUGCCCCCAAGAAGCCGAAACACGACGACAUCUCACGGCCGCGGAAGCUGGUCUUUGAGUGGAUCUCUGUCGUUCUCGCCCUUACUUUCAUUGGCAACACGAUAAACGUCAUAGUCCAUGCCCUCUACGACCGUGGGGAGCAGUGGUGGUGUGGACAGGCGAUGGUGAUCUACCUUGUCGGUUCGUUCUUCGUAUACUCACUCCUCGUAAUAUCUCUCCUUGACACGAAGCCUUCACCGACUGGCGCUCAUCUGGCGACCUGGAUCUUCGCCACACUCAUGGAAAUCGUGAUCCUUGGAGCAUCCUUUGCAAUCUAUACUACUCGGCACCGAGAGCCAAGAGCUGGGAAGGGCAGAUGGGGAAAGCUGAGGGGCAAUGCGACAGAAUGGGAGAUCACGGAGCUGGCACUGGACCUCUUUCGGAUCCUGCUACUUCUCUUCCUUAUUGGCUUCUACGUGCUUUUCGUGGCUUCAUACGGCAAGAAAAAGGAGGAGCAGCCCACCGCUAAUGGACCGAGCGAAUCCACCGGACUUCUGGCGGAGAGCCGCGCAGAAAAUGGACACGCUGUGGCAUAUGGAUCCGCGCCAGCUGGCGGAAAACACAAGCACACCGAGGGAGCCCCUGCCGGGUGGAGUAGACCAGACGGCGUACCUUCCCGGAGUUGGUGGGAGUAUAUCAAAGGUUACUCGGUUUUCUUCCCAUACCUUUGGCCAUCCAAGAACCGACGACUGCAGAUCAUCGUGGUCAUAUGCUUUACCAUUGUCGUUUUUCAGAGAGUCGUCAACGUGCUCGUCCCGUACCAGGUAGGCAAAAUCACCGAUGACCUGUCCGGCGAGAACGGCCAGAUCAAAAUGCCAUGGGGAGCAAUCUGCCUGUACAUCUUCUACAGACUGCUGCAGGGUGGUAACGGCCUGCUCGGUGCGCUCCGCUCCACUCUCUGGAUACCCAUCGGCCAGUAUUCGUACCGCGAGCUUUCCGUAGCCGCUUUCGAACAUGUCCACGGUCUCAGUCUGGACUUUCAUUUAGGCAAGAAGACUGGUGAAGUCCUAUCGGCUCUUGGGAAAGGCAGCUCGAUCAACACCUUCCUUGAGCAGGUCACCUUCCAAGUCGUUCCUAUGCUCGUCGAUCUCUGCGUCGCUAUCGCGUACUUCCUAAUUGCUUUCGACGCCUACUACGCUCUUGUAGUGGCGGUCGUCACCUUUUGGUACGUCUACUUGACCAUAAGGAUGGCGCAGUGGAGGGCCGAGAUUCGGCGGCAGAUGGUAAACGCCGACAGGGAAGAAGACGCCGUCAAAAAUGACUCCAUGGUCUCAUAUGAAACGGUCAAGUAUUUCAACGCCGAAGCCUACGAGUUCAACCGCUACCGAAACGCCGUAAUGAAGUACCAAAAAGCCGAGUACCACGUCCUCUUCUCCCUCAACAUCAUGAAUGUCACGCAGAACCUCGUCUUCAUGCUCGGCCUGAUGGUCGCCUGCUUCGUCGCCGCCUACCAAGUAACAACCGGCGUGCGCAAAGUCGGCAAUUUCGUCACCCUCCUCACCUACAUGGCGCAGCUGCAGGGCCCGCUCAACUUCUUCGGCACCUUCUACCGCAUGAUCCAGUCCGCGAUGAUCAACAGCGAGCGCAUGCUCGAGCUCUUCAAAGAGCAGCCCACAGUCGUGGACCAGCCACACGCCAAGGAACUCCCGUCCUGCGAGGGCGAGAUCCGCUUCAACGACGUGCACUUCGCGUACGAUGCGCGCAAGCCCGCGCUUAACGGGCUCGACUUCCGCUGCCCGCCGGGCACGACGACUGCGCUCGUUGGCGAGUCCGGCGGCGGCAAGUCCACCGUCUUUCGUCUCUUGUUCCGCUUCUACAACAUCCAGGCCGGCAGCAUCCAGGUCGACGGGCAUUAUGUCGAGGACGUGACCAUUGACUCCCUCCGUCGCCACAUCGGCGUGGUACCGCAGGAUACGGUCCUCUUCAACGAGACGGUCAUGUAUAACCUGCGCUACGCGAACCCGAACGCCACGGACGAGCAGGUCUACGAAGCCUGCCGCGCCGCGAGUAUCCAUGACAAGAUCCUCAGCUUCCCGGACGGGUACGAGACGAAAGUCGGGGAAAGAGGCCUCCGCCUCUCCGGCGGCGAGAAACAACGCGUCGCUAUCGCGCGCACCAUCCUCAAGAACCCGCGCAUCAUCAUGCUGGACGAGGCCACCGCGGCGCUGGACACGGAGACCGAGCAGCAUAUCCAGGACGCCCUGACGACGCUGUCCCAGGGCAGGACGAUGCUGGUGAUAGCGCACCGGCUCAGCACCAUCGUGCGCGCAGACCAGAUCUUGGUCUUGCAUGAGGGCAGAGUUGCGGAGAGGGGAAGCCAUGAGGAGCUGUUGGCGAAGAAGGGGCGGUAUGCGAGUAUGUGGAAGAAGCAGGUCAAGGCGCAGAGAGCGGCGGAGGAGGCGAAGGCUUUGAACGAUAAGGCACAGAGGCUGAGGAGGGAGAGCCAGGAUGGAGGGGUCAAGGGUGGAGAAGAGGGGAGCGCCAGUUCGAGUGAAGACGAAAAAGACCAGGCGAAGGCGAAGGCGAUAGAGAAGCAGGCGCAAGAAGAGGCUGGCAAGGCAGGCGGCAGUAAGCCCUAG